CAGGCUCUGAAGAGAGGCCAUUCCUCAAAUUUAAAAUGGAAAACAUCACUAACUACACAGCCCUUCUGCUGAGCGAGGAUGGCAAGACUCUGUACGUGGGUGCCCGAGAGGCCGUCUUGGCACUUGAUAGCAACCACAGCUUCCUGCCAGGCGGGAAGUACCAGGAGCUGCCAUGGAGUGCAGGUGCAGAGAAGAAAAAGGUGUGCACCUUCAAGGGCAGGGACCCACAGCGUGACUGUCAAAACUACGUCAAGAUCCUCCUGCCACUCAACAGUAGCCACCUGUUCACCUGUGGCACCGCGGCCUUCAGCCCCCAGUGCACCUACAUCAUUGUGGAGAACUUCACUUUGGCGAAGAAUGAGGCGGGGGAUGUCCUCCUGGAAGAUGGCAAAGGCCGUUGUCCUUUUAACCCCAAUUUCAAGUCCACGGCCCUGAUGGUUGAUGGCGAGCUCUAUGUUGGAACGAUCAGCAACUUUCUGGGGAAUGACGCGACCAUCUCCCGGACCCAAAGCCUUCACCCUACCAAGACCGAGAGCUCUCUCAAGUGGCUGCAAGACCCAGCCUUUGUUGCCUCAGCCUACAUUCCCGAGAGCCUAGGCAACUUGCAAGGGGAUGACGAUAAGAUCUACUUCUUCUUCAGUGAGACCGGCCAGGAAUUCGAGUUCUUUGAGAAAACCAUCGUGUCCCGCAUCGCCCGCAUCUGCAAGGGCGACAAGGGUGGUGAUCGAGUGCUGCAGCGGCGGUGGACGUCCUUCCUCAAGGCCCAGCUGCUGUGCUCGCGGCCCGAUGAUGGCUUCCCAUUCAAUGUGCUGCAAGAUGUCUUCACACUGAGCCCCAGCCCCCAGGACUGGCGCGACACCCUUUUCUAUGGUGUCUUCACCUCCCAGUGGCACAGGGGUACCACAGAGGCCUCUGCCAUCUGCGUCUUCACCAUGAGGGACGUGCAGAAGGUCUUCAGCGGCCUCUACAAGGAGGUGAACCGCAUGACGCGGCAAUGGUACACUGUGACCCAGCCGGUGCCCAUUCCCCGGCCUGGAGCGUGCAUCACCAAUAGUGCCCGGGAACAGAUGAUCAACUCGUCCCUGGAUCUCCCUUACCGCGUGCUGCUCUUCCUCAAGGACCACUUCCUGAUGGAUGAGCAGGUCCGCAGCCGCCUGUUGCUGUUACAGCCACGGGCCCGCUACCAGCGCGUGGUCGUGCACCGUGUCCCCGGCCUGCGCCAUGCCUAUGAUGUCCUCUUCCUGGGCACCCGUGACGGCCGGCUGCACAAGGCAGUGAGCGUGGGCAACAGGGCGCACGUCAUUGAGGAGCUCCAGAUCUUCCCAUCAGGACAGCCCGUGCAGAACCUGCUCCUGGACACCCACCGGGGUCUGCUGUAUGCUGCCUCGAACCUGAGCGUGGUCCAGGUGCCUGUGGCCAACUGUAGCCUGUACCGGAGCUGUGGGGACUGCCUCCUCGCCCGGGAUCCCUACUGCGCAUGGAGUGGCUCCAGCUGCAGCUACAUUGGCCUUUACCAGCCUGAGCUGGCAUCCAGACCCUGGAUCCAGGACAUCGAGGGAGCCAAUGCCAAGGACCUCUGCAACGCCUCCUUGGUCAAACCCCAGUCUUUUGUUCCAACAGGUGAGAAGCCAUGUGAGCAAGUCCAGUUCCAGCCGAAUACAGUGAAAACCUUGGCCUGCCCGCUCCCUUCCAACCUGGCGACCCGGCUCUGGCUAUACAAUGGGGACCCCGUCAAUGCCUCAGCCUCCUGCCGUGUGCUGCCCACUGGGGACCUGCUGCUGGUGGGCAGCCAGCAGGGACCAGGGGUGUUCGAGUGCUGGUCACUGGAGGAGGGCUUCCGGCAGCUGGUGGCCAGCUACUGCCCAGAGGUGGAGGACGGGAUGGCCGAGCAAACAGACCGGGAUGGCAGCGCACCUGUCAUCAUCAACACAUCGCGUGUGAGUGCACCAGCCGGUGGCAAGGCCAGCCAGGGGGCAGAUGCGUCCUACUGGAGGGAGUUCCUGGUGAUGUGCACGUUGUUCGGGCUUGCUGUGGUGCUUCUCGUUUUAUUCUUCCUCUAUCGGCACCGGGACAGCAUGAAAGUCUUCCUGAAGCAGGGCGAGUGUGCCAGCGUGCACCCCAAGACCCGCCCUGUGGUGGGGCCACCUGAGACCCGCCUGCUCAAUGGUGUAGGCCCCCCUAACACCCCACUCGACCACCGAGGCUACCAGGCCCUGUCGGAUAGCUCUCCGGGGCCCCGAGUCUUGGCUGAGUCGGAGAAGAGGCCACUCAGCAUCCAGGACAGCUUUGUGGAGGUGUCCCCAGUGUGCCCCCGGCCCCGGGUCCGCCUGGGCUCUGAGAUCCGUGACUCUGUGGUCUGAGAGCCAACUUGCAGAGGAGGUGGCCCUGGCUUCAGGGGCCAUGAAUGCUCCGAGGGGGUGAGCUGGACCUCCCCUCCGCUCCUCGUGGAACACAACCGCAGUGCCCAGCCUCGGGGCCUCGGAGCCAGCAGGCCGGCUGCUCUCCAGCCAAGGAGUGAGACUCCUACACCAACAGCCACGGCCCCAGAGGUCCUGGCUGGAGACAAGGGCCUACCUUGGUGGGCAGAACAGUGCUCCUUAUGUAAACUGAGCCCUUUGU